AUGGUAAAAUAUAAUGAAGAGUUUAAUGUUUCUUGUUCCAUCUCGGAUUUUACCAUAAGGGAGCAUUACUAUAGUGAUGUUCGCAGUAAAAUAAAACAGGGUCUGUUACCUAGCUUGGAAGAUUUGCUGUUCUAUACAAUUGCAGAAGGACAAGAGAAAAUACCUGUUCAUAAAUUUAUUACAGCACUCAAAUCUACAGGAUUGCGAACGUCUGAUCCCAGGUUGAAAGAGUGUAUGGAUAUGUUAAGAUUAACUCUUCAAACAACAUCAGAUGGUGUCAUGCUAGACAAAGAUCUUUUUAAAAAAUGUGUUCAAAGCAACAUUGUUUUGUUGACACAAGCCUUUAGAAGAAAGUUUGUCAUUCCUGACUUUAUGUCUUUUACCUCUCACAUUGAUGAGUUAUUUGAAAGUGCUAAAAAGCAGUCUGGAGGAAAGGUUGCGGAUUAUAUUCCUCAGCUAGCCAAGUUCAGUCCUGAUUUGUGGGGUGUAUCUGUGUGUACAGUAGAUGGACAGAGGCAUUCUAUUGGAGAUACCAAAGUUCCAUUUUGUCUUCAGUCCUGUGUAAAACCUUUGAAAUAUGCAAUUGCUGUUAAUGACCUUGGAACAGAAUAUGUGCAUCGAUAUGUUGGGAAAGAGCCAAGUGGAUUAAGAUUCAACAAACUGUUUUUAAAUGAAGAUGAUAAGCCACACAAUCCUAUGGUAAAUGCUGGAGCAAUUGUUGUGACUUCAUUAAUAAAGCAAGGAGUGAAUAAUGCUGAAAAAUUUGACUAUGUGAUGCAGUUUUUGAAUAAGAUGGCUGGCAAUGAAUACGUUGGAUUCAGUAAUGCAACGUUUCAGUCUGAAAGAGAAAGUGGAGAUCGAAAUUUUGCAAUAGGAUAUUACCUAAAAGAAAAAAAGUGUUUUCCAGAAGGCACAGACAUGGUUGGUAUAUUAGACUUCUAUUUCCAGCUAUGCUCCAUUGAAGUAACUUGUGAAUCAGCCAGUGUGAUGGCUGCAACACUGGCUAAUGGUGGUUUCUGUCCAAUUACUGGUGAGAGAGUACUGAGCCCUGAAGCAGUUCGAAAUACACUGAGUUUGAUGCAUUCCUGUGGCAUGUAUGAUUUCUCCGGGCAGUUUGCUUUCCAUGUUGGUCUUCCUGCAAAAUCUGGAGUUGCUGGGGGCAUUCUUUUAGUUGUCCCUAAUGUCAUGGGCAUGAUGUGCUGGUCUCCUCCUCUGGACAAGAUGGGCAACAGUGUUAAGGGAAUUCACUUCUGUCAUGAUCUUGUUUCUCUCUGUAAUUUCCAUAACUAUGAUAAUUUGAGACACUUUGCAAAAAAACUUGAUCCUCGAAGAGAAGGUGGUGAUCAAAGGGUGAAGUCAGUGAUAAACCUUUUGUUCGCUGCGUAUACUGGAGAUGUAUCUGCACUUCGAAGAUUUGCUCUAUCAGCCAUGGACAUGGAACAGCGAGACUAUGACUCUAGAACAGCACUGCAUGUAGCUGCUGCAGAGGGUCAUGUUGAAGUUGUUAAAUUUUUGCUGGAGGCAUGCAAAGUAAAUCCUUUCCCCAAGGACAGGUGGAAUAACACUCCCAUGGAUGAAGCGUUGCACUUCGGACACCACGAUGUAUUUAAGAUCCUCCAGGAAUACCAAGUGCAGUACACGCCUCAAGGAGAUUCCGACAACGGAAAAGAAAAUCAAACGGUCCAUAAGAAUUUGGAUGGAUUGUUAUAA